AUUGUGUAUGCAUGUGAAUUGUUAUUUGUUAAGCUGCAUGUUGUACUAAGUGUAUACUAUACUUAGUGGAUUAUUUUAAUGUAGUUUGAGAAGUGAAAAUGAAAGCAAAAGCUAUGCCAAGAAAUAUGGUAAAGAGAGAGAAAAUAUUAUUGUUGUUGAAGAAGAAGAGGCAGCAGAUUAUGGUUAUUAUGUACAUGGAGAUACGAGCCAAUAGUAGUAAAGGAACCUUCUGCUUAAUACUCUUCCUUUUCCUCCUUUUCAUUCUUCUACUCUUUGUUCUUUAAACCAUUUACAAUUAAUCUCUAUACCAAGAAUUCAACUUCUUAUACACCCCCACAUCCUUUUCUUGUGGUUUCUUGAUCUGGAAUCUUUUAUUUGACACUUUUCUUUUGAUGGGGGUGUUUUCUUUUUCCUCAAUAUAAUUUCUGGGUUUUGGAAAGUUUAACUGUUUGAUUAACUGCUUAGCAUUUAUAACAGAAUCUGAUAUGAGUAGUUUGUUUGGUACCAAGAAUCUGGAUUUUUUGUGUUUCUUGUGAUGAAAAAUUCUAUCUUGGGAACAAAUGUUGAAGAUUCUGGUAUUGGUUGAGUAGGGUGUUUAAGUCUUGAGUUCUAGAAAUUUGGUCAAACAAACUUUAAUUUCAUUUCCUUAUUUGUUUAGAUCUUAUACUUAAUAGAUAUACAUACCAGACUUCGUGUGUAUCCAAAUUACUGUAAUCUGUUUCCCCCUUUCCAAUAUUUAGUGAAUUUUUGGGGGAAACUUUUUUCUUUAUAUGUAACUUGCAGAAAGGAAAAGAAAAAAAAAAACCCACCAUUUUUAUUGUGGGUUUAAUAGUUUCCAAUUAACAGAUUAGGAGAAAAGUUUUAAACUUUGAUCAAUUGAAGCAAAAUUGGUGAUUAUUCUGAUUGUGGGGUUACUGCCAGUCUAUGGGAGUUCCUGAUAAUUCACUACUGGAUUUGAUUGAGAAAAUUAAGUCUUGGAUUUUGUGGCGAACGAGUCAUCCAACUUCCUUAGAUAGCAAAUGCAACAUGGAUUUUGACAGUGGCAAAACCUGUUGGGAAUGCAAGUUGAAGUUUACGGAUUCUUGCAAAAAGUAUAAUUGCCAAAGUUGCAAUGGACUCUUCUGUGGUGAUUGCAUUCACAAUUUUGAAUCUUCUGAUGUUGUUGUUGCAUCUGAAUCAGAAGGGACUGUGAUUGAUAUAAAGUCUUGCAAGUUGUGUUCUAAUCUAAGGACUUGGCAUAAAGGCGCAAACAAGUUUAGUGACAAAAUUUAUCCCUCAGAUUUUGGUACUGACAAAUUUGAUGAUUAUUCUUCCCAUACUGCAAUCAAGAAUAGUUUUACAACCUUUUCAAAUCAUUCAUCUCCAGUAUCUCUCCGUCACGCGCCAAGCAGGAGUGAUGAAGACGAAGGAGGGGAUUGCACAAACCAAUUCUUUAGCCCAUCUAGUAGUCAUUUUCAUGAUAAUUCAGAUAUAGAUUCAAGUAGUGUUAGUACUAGACAUGAAUAUAACAACUUAAGGUCAGUUGGAUCAAGUCCAUCGGACAGCCCCUCUAGGACUCGUUUUAUUUCCAAUAGAGUUGGGCAUUCUGUACAGCAAGAUCAAAAUGAUGAUGGUCCCUUUGAUCAAGAAGCCUUGGAUGUUUUAAGAAGGCUUGAGAAAGGGGCAAAGGAUCUACAACAGACUGCUGAUGAUAGUGUUGAACAUUUGUCAGUGUAUCGGAACCAGUUAGGGAAGCAAAAGCCAGUCGAUCUUAGAAAUGGCAGUCUCAUAUGGUUACCUCCUCCACCUGAUGAAGAUGACGAGACAGAAAAUAAUUUCUUCUCAUAUGAUGAUGAGGAUGAUGAAAUUGGAGAGUCAGGUGCAAUGUUUUCUUCAGGUGCGAGCAUUACCACCGUGUUCCCUGAAAAUGAGAAGGAGCAUGUGGAUCACAAGGAACCUUUAAAAGCCGUUGUACAGGGCCAUUUCAGGGCUCUUGUCUUACAGCUAUUGCAAGGUGAAGGAAUAAAGUCAGGGAAAGAAAGCAGUGCCGAUGAUUGGGUUGACAUAGUUACAUCACUAGCAUGGCAAGCUGCGAAUUUCGUGAAGCCAGAUACCAGUGAAGGAGGCAGUAUGGAUCCUGGUUAUUACGUAAAGGUUAAAUGUGUAGCUUCUGGAAGCCCAAGGGAAAGCACCCUUGUUAAAGGAGUAGUCUGUACAAAGAAUAUUAAACACAAGCGCAUGACUUCACACUACAAAAAUGCUAGAUUGCUUCUAUUAGGAGGAGCACUUGAGUACCAAAGAGUUCCCAAUCAGUUGGCAUCUUUUAACACAUUAUUGCAACAGGAAAGGGAGCAUUUGAAGAGGAUCGUUUCAAGAAUCGAAGCCCACCGUCCUAAUGUGCUACUUGUGGAGAAAAGUGUAUCUUCUCAUGCUCAGGAUCAUCUAUUGGCAAAAGAGAUCUCUUUGGUGUUAAAUGUUAAGAGGCCACUGCUGGAGCGGAUAGCUAGGUGCACUGGUGCUGUUAUUACUCCGUCCAUCGAUAACAUAGCCACUGCAAGAUUGGGAUAUUGUGAGCUCUUUCACUUAGAAAAAGUUUCUGAAGAGCAUGAACCUCCAAACCAUUUCAACAAGAAGCCGUCAAAAACUUUGAUGUUUUUUGAUGGUUGUCCUAGGCGUUUAGGUUGCACGCUUGAGAGAUCAGAUGAAAUUGAACCCUCUAAUGAAUUCUAUUCAGCUGCUGACAGUCAUCAAAGCAUAUUAGUAUCAUUUUCUAGUCGAUGUGUUCUAAAUGGAAAUGUAUGUGAACGAUCUCGGCUUCUCCGCAUAAAGUUCUAUGGCUCUUUUGACAAGCCACUCGGGCGAUAUCUUCAGGAUGAUCUUUUUGGUCAGGUAUCUUCCUGUCAAUCAUGCAAGGAGCCAGCUGAGGACCACGUCAUUUGUUAUACGCACCAACAAGGGAACCUUACUAUAAAUGUUAGACGGCUACCCUCGGUGAAGCUGCCUGGUGAAUGUGACAAAAAGAUAUGGAUGUGGCAUCGAUGUCUCAAGUGUGCACAAAUAGAGGGAAUCCCACCAGCAACUCCUAGAGUAGUAAUGUCAGAUGCUGCUUGGGGACUCUCAUUUGGUAAGUUUUUGGAACUUAGUUUUUCAAACAAUGCAACUGCCAACCGUGUUGCUAGCUGUGGUCAUUCUCUCCAAAGGGACUGCCUCCGGUUUUACGGGUGUGGUAGUACGAUUGCAUUCUUCCGCUAUUCUCCUAUUGAUAUUCUGUCAGUUCGUUUACCUCCAUCAACUCUUGAUUUCAGUAGCUACACAGAGAAGGAGUGGUUACGGAAAGAAACAGCUGAGCUAUUGUGCAAAGCCAAAGCCUUGUAUGCAGAGAUAUCCAGUGCUUUUCGCAGGAUUGAAGAGAAAAGUAUACAUGAACCAUCUGGUAAAACUGAAGUGCAUGACUGCAUCAUGGAGUUGAAAGACUUACUUAUGAAAGAAAAGAGUGAUUACCAUGACUUGCUUCAAACUGCUGAUGCAGAAACUUCAGAACAAGGGCAGGUAGCGGUUGACAUUCUUGAACUUAAUCGCUUGAGGCAUUCCCUUGUGAUUUCUUCACAUGUUUGGGAUCAUCGGCUUCUUUCUGUGGAGUCCCUCCUCCAAGAGAGCUCUGGUUCAGUGGGUUCAGAGGAUUCUGGAUCUUGUAAUGAGCUGACGGAUUGGAGAAACGAUAUGAUUCUGAAGAAUGACCCUCUUGAGCAUGUCUAUGAAGAGACUGAAAUUGACUUCUCAAACUUAGAGGAAUAUCCUGAACAGGAGGAGACUCAUGAGUCACCUUAUGGGCUGGUGGAAGGCUCCAUGUUUACCUCGUGUGAGUUCGAGAAAACACAGGACACGCAGAUGGAAGGAGAGAAUGCAGUUAAUAAAACAUCCUUGGAACGAGCUCCUUCAGCGGCUUCUGUUCUUUCUGAUAAGAUAGAUUCUGCUUGGACUGGUACUGAUCGAUCUCCCAAAAAAGCUCAGAUAUUACAACGGAAUGGAUCGGAAGCUGCUCCUUUCAGGCAACUUGAUUAUCCUCCUUUUUCAAGGCUAAAAUCACCAGCAAGAGUUAACUCAUUCGACUCUGCACUGAGACUUCAAGACAGAAUCAAGAAGGGAUUGCCGCCUUCUUCGAUGCAGUUAACAGCAAUUAGAUCUUUUCAUGCUUCUGGAGACUAUAGGAAUAUGAUCAGAGACCCUGUUUCCUGUGUUCAGAGAACUUAUUCUCAAAUAUCACCCAGUGAGGCUCAGAAGGUUAAUCUCCUAAUGAGUUCAUCACCCUCAUUUAUUUCUUAUGCAUCUCUUGUACAUGAUGGAGCCAGGUUAAUGGUUGGCUACAAUGACCUAAUAAUAUCUGUUUAUGACAAUGAACCUACUAGCAUAAUAUCUUAUGCUCUUAGUUCCAAAGAAUAUAAAGACCGGGUCACCGAUAAGCCAAAUGUGACUGAAAUGGGUUGGAACACAAACGGCAUCAGGAGGGAGAAUGGAGCGGCUUCUAAUGUUUGGCAGUCUUUUGGCUCUUCAGACAUGGAUUAUAUCAAUUAUGGAAGCUAUGGUUCCGAAGAUGCUUCCAGUACGAUUAGUUCCCUCUUUGCAGAUUCGAAGACUUCCCCUCACCUAAGGAUCUCUUUUGAGGACGAAUCUUCAAAUGCCGGGGGGAAGGUGAAGUUUUCUGUCACUUGUUACUUUGCUAAGCAGUUUGAUGCUCUGAGGAAGAACUACUGUCCUGAUGAACUGGACUUUAUACGGUCUAUAAGCCGUUGCAAGAGAUGGACUGCUCAAGGUGGAAAGAGCAAUGUUUAUUUCGCUAAGUCAUUGGAUGAAAGAUUCAUAAUUAAACAAGUCCAGAAAACUGAGUUAGAAUCUUUUGAAGAAUUUGGACCCGACUACUUCAAAUAUCUAACGGAUUCUGUUAGCUCAAGAAGUCCAACUUCCCUUGCUAAAGUUCUGGGAAUAUAUCAGGUUUCGGUUAAACAAAUGAAAGGAGGCAGGGAAACAAAAAUGGAUCUGAUUGUGAUGGAGAAUCUCUUUUUUGGAAGAACAAUAUCUAAGGUCUAUGAUCUUAAGGGCUCUCUACGAUCCCGUUACAAUGCCGACAAAACUGGGGCAAACAAAGUGUUAUUGGACAUGAAUCUUUUAGAAACAUUGCGUACCAAACCUAUAUUUCUUGGAAGCAAAGCAAAAAGAAGCCUGGAGAGAGCUGUUUGGAAUGAUACAGCCUUUUUGGCGUCGGUUGAUGUGAUGGAUUACUCUUUGCUAGUUGGGGUGGACGAAGAGUGCAAGGAGCUAGUCGUAGGGAUCAUAGAUUUCAUGAGGCAAUAUACUUGGGACAAACACUUGGAGACAUGGGUUAAGGCAUCCGGGAUACUUGGAGGGCCGAAGAAUGCAUCGCCAACUAUUGUUUCUCCGAAACAAUACAAAAAAAGAUUCAGAAAAGCAAUGACAAGCUAUUUCCUCACAGUGCCUGAUCAAUGGUCAUCUUAAACAUCUUAAAUUCAUUAUAUUCAUUACAAGAACUUUCUGCCAAUAAGCAAAAACAAAAUGGUAUUUGCAAAGAACUGCAGGAAGGGAGGUUGAUCUAUUCCAAUUGGUACAUUAUAUUCUUUUGUAAUACUAGGGGUAGCAAUUGGCCCCUUGUAAAAGGUUUAGAAAUAGUGAACUGUCAUCUUGUGUGUUGAGAAAUCUGGCAAAGGGUACAUUUGAUUUAACCAUCUGUACAUUUACAGGCUUCAUCCAGGUAAUUAAUAAAGUUUCUUUUUAUAUUUCUGUUA